AUGGCGGCGAAAGGUUCAGACUUUACUGCUUUUGUAGGUAAUGAAAUUGCGUGCCCUGUUUGUUUGGAGAUAUUUGACGACCCUAAGUGCCUUCCUACCUGUGCACACAAUGUUUGUCUCAAGUGUCUUGGUAAAAUUGUGAGGCAAAAUCCAAGGAGGACCAAAGUGCAAUGUCCUGAAUGUCGCAAGAAGUCUCAGAUUCCUCCUUCGGGAGUAGCUGCUUUUCCUACGAACCAUUUGUUAAAACGGCUGAUUGAGAAUUCUCCUAUCCAGAAAGAAAGACGUGCUUUUGGUGAAGCCGUUCAACGGUGGAGAGAGCAGAUGAAUGAAAUAAGCAAGGACUUUGAGAAACUCAAAGAGGUACACGCUAAAGUGUUCGAGGAAAGCAAGAUUAAAAUGAAGGAUCAGAUAAGAGCUGAGGCAAAACGUUUGGCCAAAAGAAUCGAGACGGAAGAGAAGAAGUUGUUGUCUCAGGUUGAUGCGAGUUUUAAAGAAAUGGCUUCUCAAAGUCCUUUCGAUCUGAAAUGUGCUGAAGUUAAACAGCUGUGUAGGAAAGUGUCAAUCUCUUUGGAUGUUGCAGACAAGACAAAGGAUGAAAAUGAUGUUAAAGAAUUCCAGAGAUCCAAAGGCAGAUGCGAAAAUCAGUGUCAAGAUUCACUGCAGAGCUUAAAAGCAGAGGUCACAAAACUUCAGAGUUUGCAUGGAACAACAAAUGUGAACUUUAUCCCAGCAAAAGUUGACAAAUGUGGUAAAAUCCUGGGUGAAAUUUCCCUUGUUAAACCAAGCAAGGCUGAACCCCAAUCGAGUAACUUGCCAAAAACUGGUAGUGUUAUCCGUCAUAUUGACACUGAGUUUGUGCCUACGGCCGUGACAGUGUCACCAGUAAGUGGUGAAAUUGCUGUUCUUGAUGCAGAAAGUAAACGUGUUCAUAUAUUCACUCCAGCUGGUGAUCCACACAAACAGUUUGAAAUUCAAUAUGGUGAUCUCAAAGAAAUAGCUUAUUCCAAAAAUAACGAUAUUGUGGUGCUGAAUCAAGAGAAGAACCGCCUCCUUCACUUUGACAAGGAUGGGGCAUUCAUUCGAAAGUUCAUUCAGGCUCCAAAUGCAUCUGUUAGAUUUCAGAAGAUGACAAUUGAUGUAGAAGGCCGUUAUGUUCUAACCUCUCUUAGUGACUCAUCUGGUCCUGGUAUUAUUGUGUAUGAUUCUGAAAGAUGUCAAAAGUGGGCGUUCACCUCCGAUCAAUUCAAAGGCAAUAAAUUACUAGCAGUUCACCAUAAUGACAACUUUUUUGUCUCAGAUGGCACAAACACCGUUAAAGUCUUUGACCAUAAAGGAAAGCCUCUCCGUGAAAUCAAGAAUCUUGGAGACAACAAUGGCCGUUUGGUUUCCAUGGCACUGGAUGCUGUGCAUGACAGCCUUGUAUGUGGCUCUGACAAGAAUUCAGUUAUAGUCGUCAAGUCUGAUGGCAGAGUUAUCUCCACUUUUCCCAUGGGCGGAAGUUUGAAUGCCAUUGCACUGUGCAAAGGGUGUGACAACUUGGUGGCGAGUUUUCACGAGAAGAAAUUUAUUCAGAUUUUGUCCCAUAGAGAGUGAGACUUGAUGAAUCAUGAGAUUAAACAUAGCACUGGUUUAAAAUGGAGACAGUUUCCUGACAGUUUAGUUUGACAGUAAACUUACGGACACACCAAAGCGGCAGUAAAAUGAUGGCGGUUUAUGGGUGGUUCUGCAAAGGGCAGCAUCUUACAUUUAGUUAAGUUUAGAGGCGUUAAAAAAUUAAACUUGUACUAGUAGGUCUUGGCCCAAGUUUUGUUCAUUUUAGUCACGGAAUAAUUUUAUUGUAGGUACACUAUUGUACAUCUAGCUACCCAAAGGGGCAAGUCUUUUAAAUUUAAUGAAUAAUUUUAUUUACAGGUAACCCAAAAACUUUGCCAUUAUUACAUUAUAACAUUGUAUUAUUGUUGUCAGUGGUAAGCACCAAGUUCAAGUUCUAAUAGUUUGUUUGCUAGGAUGGUUAAUGUGGACAUGCAAACAUUGAUUUUUACUAAACGUUGGACAAGAACAACUAUGGGCAGCUUCAGAAAUACUAUGACUUGAUUUUCUUUCUUCUCUUCUUUUUGUCUUUUUUUUGCCUUUUUUUUUUUUUACAGAUACAAGAAAAAUGAACAAAUGGUUUCAAUUGUUACAAAAUGUAAAUUAUUUGUUGAUAUCCUUCUUACAGUAA